AAUGGAUCUGUUGUUCCUCAGCCGGCGGAUUUUCCUGGGCGAUGGAAGUCCAGACGAUGUCCUGAUCCACGGCGGGAUUAUUGUGGACACCGAGGGUAUCAUACGACGGGUGCUGCGGUCACCGCAGGAGGUCAACACCUAUUUGUACAACACCGAGUCCGAGGCAGUGUAUGACUUUGGAGACUUGGUCCUAAUGCCGGGCCUUAUUGAUCCCAAUGUUCAUAUUAAUGAACCGGGACGAAAGGAUUGGGAGGGUUUCGCUUCGGCCACCAAGGCGGCGGCUGCCGGUGGCAUCACCACCAUCAUAGACCGACCCACCAAUGCCACCCCGGCCACGGUGAGUGUGACGGCUUUGAAGGCCAAAACAGCGACAGCCCGGGGUAAGAUCUAUGUGGAUGUGGGUUUUUGGGGUGGCCUUAUACCCAGCAAUGGUGAUCAGCUGUUGCCCCUGCUGGCCGCCGGGGUAAUGGGUCUACAGUGUACACUCUGUGGCUCCGCCCCACCCGUUUCCGAGGAAUUCCCAGCCGUCAAUGAAGCUCAAUUGGAGGAGGCCCUCCUGCGAUUGGCCGAGGAACACGAUGAGGGAGAAGCCAUCAUAGCAGUGCAUGCCGAGUUACCUCUGCCCAAGGAUGUGCACCCUUCGGAGGAUGCUUCACCCCGGGAAUAUGCCACCUUUUUGGCCACCCGGCCUCAUGCCAUGGAGGUGACAGCAAUGCAGUUGCUCUGCCGCCUGGCUAGACGACACCCCAAGCGGCGCAUCCAUGUCCUCAACCUGAGCAGCGCCAAAUGUCUACCUUUGGAGGAGGAGUGCCGCCAACAAGGUGGCCAGUUGACAAUGGAAACAUGUCCGCAUUACCUGUCCCUGGCCGCCGAAGAGGUGCCCGAGUGCGGAACGGAAUUCAAGACAUGGCCACCAAUUCGAGAGCAGGACAAUCAGGAGCAACUGUGGGCGGCAUUGAGAAUGGGCGGAGCCAUCCGGAUGAUUGGCAGUGAUCAUUCACCAGCGUCGCCAGGUGCACGGGCCCUCAUCGGUGGCCGGGGGCGUGGCGACUUCCUGAGAGCCUGGCCAGGAAUCAAUUCACUGCAGCUCGGCUUACCCGUCAUCUGGACGGCUGCCAACCGGAGGGGAUCACCACUAAGCAUCUCGGAUAUCCAUCGUCUGAUGUGCCUGGAACCCGCUCAUCUGUGCGGCCUGUCCACCUUCAAAGGACGCAUCGCCGAGGGCUUUGACGCGGACUUUUGCGUUUGGUGUCCGGAGGAGGAGUUCACUGUCGGUCCGGAGCAGCUAUUCACCGCCACCAAGGCCACACCGUAUGCGGGCCGGCGGCUGAGGGGCGUUGUCCAUGCCACGGUGGUGCGAGGUCUGCAUGUCUACCAGCAAUUCGAGGGCUUUGGCCAGCCGCUGGGCAAGGUGCUCCUCCGGAAGAGCAGCCGCAAGCUGGUCAAAUUCGUUCGCAUGUGAGUGGGUAAACUUUGUUAAUUAAAAUCAUUAAGAGAUUGUGGGCUGUGCUCGUUGAUAUUCCGUUGCCACUUUACCCUUUUCAUCGAGGGUGCGUUCAUUUUAGCUAUGAG